AUGGAGGGGGCGAAGCGGGAGCUGCGCGUACUGCUGGCGCCCCUCUCGGGGCCGGCGCAGGGCUCCCUGCGGGGCGCGGCCCGGGUCCGGCUGAGCAGGGGCCAGGACGCUCUGGGCAGCCUCCUGGUCCCUGGUGGGAUCUACCUGGAGUCCCUGGUGCCGAGCGGAGGCGGCCGGGCCCGGGGCAGCGUCCUCCCGGGAGACUGGGCUGACUUCAUGUGGGAGAAUUCAGAAGACGAUCUACAAGCAGACAAGACAAAAAUACUGGCUCUUAGUAAAAGUCAUGAACUGUUUGUCUAUGAAUUCACUGUAGAAGAUGGAAAAUACAACCCCAGUUCCCUGCACAGUUGUAAGGAAGAUACACUUAAAAAGCACCUUCAAGUUAAAAACAUUAGUCUGUCUUCGGUUUUCUCUUUGAGGAUACUGUCAUUUGAAAACAGCAGAUGUGUACUUCUGCUCAAUAAGUUCAUUGUCGUGCGUCUUACCUUUCCUGGGAGAGACUCUCCCCUGGAGACGUGUGACUGCUUCACCCUCGGUUUGCCUCCACAAGCUCUGGAGAGGAUAACGGAUGCCCACUUCUGCAGGGGCAUCCUCUUCCUCUUGGAUAGCUCUGGCUGGAUUUAUGUGUUUGACUCUUUUGAUGGUGCGAAUCUAGCAAAGGUGAGCGUGGGGCUGUGCCAGGGGGACGCGCAGGACGGCAGGAGCCCAGCCAUCACAUCGCCCCUCGUCGCGCUGACGGUGUCCCGGGACCUCAGCGUCGCUGUGGUCCUCAGUUCUGCCAACUCCGCCUGCUCUGUGGAUCUCAACGUGUACUUCAGACAGUUCCCGGGGCAUUUGCUGUGUAAGAGGGAUUCUGAAAACCUUCCAGUGAAGCCUCCCGAAGGACUCGAUGAGGACGACCUUGCUUGCUCUGCCUACAGCAUGGAGCUUCUGCCUUCGCCUUUCCGCACAGACAGGUCCUGGAAGGCACACUUGGCCUCGCUGGCUGAUGCCGUGAGGAGAAGACAACCAGGUUCUCCAGAUUUGGUGAAUGACUUGAAUUUACCUUGGUAUCAGUUUUUUACCCAUCUUGAAGAUCACGACCCUGAAAUCUAUGAAAAUUCUGAGAAGAUGGUGGCUUUUGUUCCACGGGCUGUAACAUGGGCCCCUUCCAAACCAGCACAGCGUGAUGGCACAAACCUCAGAGACACAAGACAGCGAUGGAGACAAAUCCCCGUCGAGGCACCACAGGAGGUGGUGAAACUGGAGUGCAAACUGGUCACUGGAGUCAAAGCCCUGUUUGUGGUACUAACGAAGGAGAAAGGAUUGACUCUUGCUCUCUGGGAUUUCGAGUCACGAGACGUGACGUAUUACCCCUUUGGCCAAAGCAGUGUGUAUGUGGAUUGCAGUGAAGGGGCGCCGCUCUCCCUGCUCCUGACAGAGCAUGGUCUCUCCUUAGUCCUGUUUGGCUUAACUCAGGAAGAGUUUUUGAAUCGGUUGAUGAUCUAUGGCAGCGCUGGAGUCGUGGACUCUGUUUGUCAUCUCAACGGAUGGGAGCGAUGUUCGAUUCCGAUACACGCGCUGGAGGCAGGUUUGGAAAAUCGGCAACUAGACACAGUAGACUUGUUUUUAAAAAGCAAAGAAGGUCUUUUCAGCCUGUCUGCCCCCUGCUCUGGAGCUGAGCAACCCACUGAGGGCACAUCCCAGUCUUAUCUGAAAAAUUUGGAAGAGCUGAGGCCAGCUCUAAACUUGCUGUGCUCAGCAAUCAGAGAAAGCGAUCUGGAGCCUCAGAGUAAACACUUUUCGGAGCAGCUGCUAAACCUCACCUUGACUUUCCUCAGCAGGCAACUUGAAGACAUUUAUGUGCACACAGAGGAACCCGAUGAAUUCCUGCAGAAGGGUGCAGAUAUUUUAACUGAUUACAUUAUUAAACUUAGAAGAUUUCUAAGAAGAUAUCCUCAGCCACAACCAAGCACAGUGCACGCGGGGGGUGAUGCUGAUGAAGAGCUGCCUGCCCUGGAAGAAAGCCAUAUGUGGGAAAAACUGACACCAGAGGAAGUCAUUGCUGAGGCCAUAUUAAGCAACAAAAUGCCAGAAGCACAGAUCUUCUUCCGAAUGCAUCAGCAUCCUGCUCACAGCCUCCCAGAGUUUAUUCAGAUGGGUCUGAAUCUGGUCUAUGACCGUCUCCUGAAGGAUAACACCCGAGAGGCCUCCGAACUUUUAAGAAACAUGGGCUUUGAUGUGAAGGAGGAAUUGCGUAAGAUAUGUUUCUACACACUUGAUAAACGUGUACGAGAUCUGUUGGUGAAAGUUUUACGAGAAGAAAAUUAUUUUUCUGAAAAAGAGAAGAAAAUGAUAGACUUUGUGCAUCAGGUUGAAAGCUCUUACUCGGAAUCCUUCCACGAAAAUAAAGAGAUUCAAUCUCUUUCCAGUUUCCAGAACUGGAGAAAGGAGCAGGACUUUUCCAGGCACGGGGCUGUUCUGGACUCGUUGCUGAGUUGGGAUAGACGUGGGGCUCACAACAGGAGAGUCAGAGUCAUGCUCAACUGGGCUCAGUGCUGGGAUGAGCUGAUGCGGGAAAUGAUCCUUCUCCCCAAAAAACCACGCCAAGACCUCAAGACGUGUAACCCUGAGGUGCUUUGGAUGCACUUGACAGCCCAGCACGACUGGCCUAAUAUCUGUUCCUGGCUUGAGGAAUGGCAGCCCCACCAGCCGUGGCGUGGGCAGGCUCCCUGGCCCCCUCUGACUCCAGGCGUUGUCGACCGGAGCACGUUGUGCAGCAGCUCCAUGAGAAAUGAUGUAUUGAAUGAGCUGGCGAGAAAGGGAAUUUUUGUCUCUUCUGAAUUGGAAGAUUUUGAACUUCUGCUCCAACGACUGUCUUACCUUGGGGGAGUCCUGCAAACUCCUCACCCCGUACCGAACUACAGCGCCGUGAGUGGGUUGGACUUCCACGCUCGCUUUGUCCUUCACUGCUUAGAGCAUAAUUUGCAGUAUCUCUUGUACACUUACUUAGACUAUUACAGUUUAACUCCUUCAAAUUGCCCUAUUUUGGAUAAGAAGGAGCUGCACGAAGCACAUCCCUGGUUUGAAUUCCUCGUGCGGUGUCGAGGGGCUGCCAGCGACCCCCGAGAUCCACAGAUGAUUUUUCAGGCCAGCCUGGCAAAUGCUCAGAUGCUGAUUCCCAGCAACCAAGCCAGUGUGAGCAGCAUGCUGCUGGAGGGACGCACGCUCCUGGCUCUGGCCACCACCAUGUACGCGCCCGGGGGCAUUGACCAGGUUCUUCAGAAUGAAGAUACGGAAAAGCCUCUGAAGAAAGUUGAUCCACAGCUCUUAAAAAUGGCAUUGACUCCUUACCCCAAACUCAAAGCCGCUCUCUUUCCCUCCUGUACUUCCCAUGGAAUUCUGCCUCCGGACAUCUCUCUCUACCACCUUGUUCAGUCACUAGUGCCCUUUGAUCCCGCUAAAUUAUUUGGCUGGCAGUCAACAAACACUCUUGCUGUAUCAGAUGCAUCAAGUGAUUUUCCUCAUUUCUCAUCCCCUGAACUGGUGAACAAAUAUGCUAUAAUGGAACGACUGGAUUUCUUGUACUAUUUGCACCAUGGACGUCCGUCGUUUGCUUUUGGUACAUUUUUGGUCCAGCAGUUAGUGAAGAGCAAAUCCCCCAGACAGUUGAUCCAGCAGGCAGGACAGGAAGCCUGUGUUUUGGCCUUUUCCUCCUUCAGCGUCCCCUCGGUGGGAGCAGCCUGUGUGUGCUUCCUGGAGCUGCUCGGUCUCGACAGCCUCAAACUCAGGGUCGAUAUCAAAGUUGCAAACAUCAUUUUCAGUUACAAAACUAGAAGUGAAGAGUCUCAGCACAAUCAGAUCAAAGAAGCUUUGGUUGAAAAGUUAACAAAGUUGGCUGAUGGUGAAAAAGCAGCAGCAGCAGAACUUCUUAUCUCCUUAGAAGAAGCCUUUUGGGACGCAGUUGAGCAUCAAGGAAUAAAGAAGACAUCUAGUGACUCGAGAAGGCAGUGGUCUCUGGUGAUGCAGUUCUGUCAGCUGCAUAAUAUCGGGCUGAGUACGUCUUACCUCCAGGAAUGUGCCAGAUCCAACGACUGGCUGCAGUUCAUCAUCCAGACCCAGCUGUACAGCUACCAGCCAGCCCAGGUCAUUCCUAUCCUUCAAGAUUUCACUCCUGUUUUACGAGAUCACUUGAUGUUGGCAUUGGAGAAGUUGCCAGUUUUGUGCCCUGGGACAGGGAGCACUGGGUCAAGAGCUGCCGCUGUGGCCAAGGGCAGAAACACAGAUGGGCUCUUCCAGAUCCUUCUGCAGUGUCAGGGGAACCCCAACCCUUCACGUUACCUUCUGUCUGAAGGACUGAGAGAGCACGCUCCCAUCCUGAGUGUUUUAGCAGCGUGUUUCCAAGAUGCAAACGUUGUUCAUUGUCUCUGUGUUUGGAUCAUUACCACUGCGGAUGGUGCUACCCGAGCUGAGGCCACAAACCACAUCCAAAGCACAGCAGAAAAUCACAGCUGGGAUCUCCCCGACCUGUCAGUUCUCUGGAAAGUCUUUUUGAGAAAGCAAAAGAGUAAAACGCUUCUAAAUGGCUUCCAGCUCUUUUUAAAGGAUUCCCCUUUACUGUAUAUCCUGGAGAUGUAUGAGCUAUGUAUGGACUGGAAGAAAUACAAUGAAGCUAAAACCAAACUAGACAAGUUUCAGGAAAGUCUCACAAAGCUUAAAAGCGAAGGUGGCGCAGCGGGUUCAGAACUACCUGUGCAGUGGCUGGAGUCACAGGCCUUGUUUCUUCUGGAGCUGAUGCUGCAGCAGUGCAGAACCGAGUAUGAGCUGGGAAAGCUCCUACAGCUCUUUGCUGCAGCAGAGAACCUUCUACUGGAUGGCUCUUACGUGAAGAAGCUCUGUGCGCUCAGUGAGACCCUGAGGGACUCCUCCAUAUCAAUUAAUCGCUCCAUCCUAACGAGUUGCAGCGUGGAGAUGUUUCGCAGUGAGUGCAGCUCAAUCCUGGAGCAGCUCCAGGAGAGAGGGAUGUUCUCGCUGGCUCGGGAGGUGGCAGCCCUUGCUGAACUGCCCGUGGACACCGUGGUUAUCCAAGAGGUUCUAAGAGAUCUGCAUCAUUUAAGAGACAUCGGACAGUGGCAUCACAACCAGACAAGGGCUGAAUUCUGGAAAAAAUGUAAUGACAACUUCAUGAAAAAUUCAAUCUCCAGCGAAGCUGCAUCUGGGUUUUUUUUCAAUCAGGCAAACACGGUAUUUGAAUCUUUAGCUCAGGAGAAGAUCACCAGCAUCGUGGAGAGGCAGUUGUUGCUCACCCUGGCUGGCCAUUGGCUGGCCAAGAGCGACUCCUUGUCACUCCACGAAUUAGAGGAAAUAGAGAAGCAGAUCUGGAUCUGCCGCAUCGCGCGACGAACGUUGUCCACAGACGAGGGCUCGGGCAGGUCCAGGUUUUCCUCCCACGCUGCAGCGAACGGGGAUCUCACCUUUGAUACCUUGGCUGAGGAGUUUGCUUUUUCCAAGCUACCUGCUCUGAACACACCGAAGUACUUAAAGCUCGAGGGCCUGGCAUUCAGAGAGCCUCAGCAGACCUUGACUAGUGAGGAGGAGGAGUCGCUCAGGUUUCUGGUUGGUUGCCUUCUGGACGAAGGCAGCGUGCACGAGGCCAGCCGCGUCUGCCAGUAUUUCCAUUUCUCCAGCAGAGACGUGUGGCUGGUGCUGCACUGCAGAGCGCUGGCAUCGGGGGAGGCCCAGCCAGACAAACUGCACACGGACGUUCAGGCUCUUCUCCAGAGAAAAGAGACAACGUGUGAAAGCGGCGCUUCUCAGCCUGGCAGAGUCCCCAGCACCUCAAGCUUAGAAGACUGGACCCAUCUUGCAGCUCCAUCUCCAGAUGAUGAGGUUGUUACCAGCCUGAAGGUCCUCAUAGACGAAUGUGUCCAUGGGAGGAGCUACUGCAGACAGGUUCUCUGUUUGUAUGAGCUUUCCAAGGAACUGAACUGCUCCUACAGCGAAAUGUCAGCCCAGGACCCCGAGAAGGUGCUGGGGGCCAUUCUGUCGUCCCGGCGGCCGGACAGGGCCCGGAAGGCCCAGGCUUUCGUCGCCACGCAGGGGCUGCAGCCCGACACCGUGGCGGAGCUCGUGGCUGAAGAAAUCACACAGGAAUUACUGGCAUCUUCAGAGGGGAAAGGACAGAAGCAGGCUCUGAACCCGGCGGCAGAGAGUCAGGCGCUGCUGCAGCUGGCGAAGCUCUGCCAGGACCACACGCUGGUGGGCAUGAAGCUCCUGGGCAGAAUCUCCUCUGUGCCCCGCGGGGAGCUCUCGUGCAUUACAGAAUUGCUGAUUUUGGCCCAUAAUUGCUUUAGUUUGACUUGCCACAUGGAAGGAAUCACUCGAGUCCUCCAGGCAGCGCGGCUUCUCACUGACGAGCAUCUGGCCCCUAACGAGGAGUACGGGCUGGUGGUCCGUCUCCUGACUGGCAUUGGCAGGUACAACGAGAUGACCUACAUCUUUGAGCUGCUGCACGAGAAACACUACUUCGAGGUGCUCAUGAGGAAGAAGUUAGACCCAAGCGGGACGCUGAAGACGGCGCUGCUGGACUACAUCAAGCGCUGCCGCCCCGGGGACAGCGAGAAGCACAACAUGAUCGCGCUGUGCUUCAGCAUGUGCCGGGAGAUCGGGGAGAACCACGAGGCUGCUGCCUGCACCCAGCUCAAACUCAUCGAGUCCCAGCCCUGGGAGGAGUCUCUUCAGGAUGUUGCAAAUCUAAAGAAACUGCUGAUGAAAGCUCUGACUCUGUUUAUUGAUGCGGCCGAGAGCUAUUCCAAGGACUCCUGUGUGCGGCAGGCGCUGCGCUGCCGGCGGCUGACCAAGCUGAUCACGCUGCAGCUGCACUUCCUGAGCGCGGGCGGGAGCACCAUGGUCAUCAACCUCAGCCGGCAGAGCCUCAUGGACGCCAUCCUGGCCCUGCCCAGGUUCUACCAGGCGGCCAUCGUGGCCGAGGCCUACGAGUUCGUUCCCGACUGGGCGGAGGUUCUGUACCAGCAGGUGAUCACCAAGGGAGACUUCACCUACCUGGAGGAGUUCAAACAGCAGAGGCCACUGAAGCCCAGCAUCUUCGAGGAGAUCGCCAAGAAAGUCAAACAGCACCCACCUACCGACGCUGCUCUGAAAAACCUGAGGAAACUGCUCACCCACUGUGAGGACAUCUACACCUCCUACAGGCUGGCCUACGACCACAAGUUCUACGACGUGGUGACCGCGCUGCUGAAGGACGCGCAGAGCGGCUGCUGCCUCAGUGACAUGUUGGCCACGUAGAGAGGGGCUCCUGCCCUUCCUCAGCCCUUUUUAUCCGUUACCCGCUCACCGGGGUUUGCUGCUGGGGGUGAGUUACUCCAGAGAACUGGUGGCGGGUGUAAAUAUUUAAAAUGCUGAGACUGUGUUAAGCUAAAAUUGUGUUUUGUAUAAUAAAUCUUACUGUUUACAAA